UCUGAUGCGCCGGUGAUGUCAGAGGUCGGAGGUCGGGCAAGAUGGUGGAGACCGUUGUCGCGCCGCCGGUGCGCCUGGUUUCUUACGGAGGCAACAAGAUCAACUACCGCAAGCCUGUCUUUUCGAUCGACAGCAAGUAUUUGUUUUGUGCAUCAGGAGACCUUGUGAAAGUAUAUAGCACUACCACAGAGGAAUGUAUACAUGAAUUGCAAGGUCAUAAGAAUCUGGUUACAGGCAUACAGCUUAAUCCACAAAACCAUUUGCAGCUAUACUCUGCAUCAUUGGAUGGCACCAUCAAACUUUGGGACUUCACUGAUGGAAUCUUAAUAAGAACAUUUUCAGUGAAUGUAAAACUACUUGCGUUAUACGCACCUGCUGUUGGUCCAAACACAAUCUUUGCUAUUAUUCCAAGUGUUAAAGUGUUUCAGCUGGUGUCCAUCAACCUGCCUAAGUCAACUUCCCAAGAAGUUGAUGCAAAAGAAUUUUCUGUCAUUUUGGAGGAUGUAUGUGAGUCACCAAAAUUAACUGCUUUUGGAAGAGAGGGUGCAUAUGUUGCUUCAGUUAAAAAACUUGAGCUCCAAGUGUUUUUCUUCAAGAAGAAAAAGCACUUAAGGUUUCCUUUGAGUGCUAAAUAUUGCAAAAGAAGUACUAAUGCCUUCACCUGUGUAGCCUGUCAUCCAAAGGAAGACUGUAUAGCAACAGGUCACCAAGAUGGCAAAAUCCGUCUCUGGUGGAAAUUUAAUGACAAAAAGGAGUAUACAUACUCUUCACUGCAUUGGCAUCAUGAGGCCGUCAAUGACUUGAUCUUCUCAACAGAAGGUACCAUUUUGCUGAGUGGUGGAAUAGAGGCUGUAUUAGUUCGGUGGUGGUUUGGUUCAGAAUCGAAAAAAGACUUCCUACCUCGUCUUGGUGACGCCAUUGAGCAUAUUGCAACCUCUCCCGAUGGUGCCUUCCAUUCCACAUCCCAUGGUGAUAAUAGAAUAGUUAUUAUAAGAAGCAAUCUGCGGCUCUCUGCUAUAAUUCAGGGUUUGGUUAAAGGUCAGGAAGUUUUGACUGGUUUGAUGAUUGAUCCAAGGAGCAAAGCUUUGGUUCUAAAUGGAAAACCGGGGCAUUUGCAGUUUUACUCACUUCAGACUGACAAGCAAUUAUACAAUCUGGAUAUUGUGCAAGAGGAGUAUAUCCACCAGUUAGGGCUAAACCAGACAAAGGUUGUCAAGGCAGCGUUUGAUCUUCAUGGUACAUGGUUAGUCACUGUGGAAGAAAGAGUGGAUGAUGAAACUGAAAUUGAGCAACAGAUGAAGCUUUGGACCUAUAACGAGAAGAAGCAGAGUUUUGUCCUCAAUACCACAAUCUGCACACCACAUGAAAACCAUAUCUCAAAUGUAUGCUUUCAAAAUGUGGAUGAUUCUAGAAGUCCACCUACUUUGGUAACAUCUAGCUUGGACGGUCGGUUUAAAGUCUGGAUUCUAGGAGAUGAUUCCGAUAUCUAUCAAAAGAGCGAAUGCUGGACAUGUGACUUUGUAGGAACGUAUCAUAAACUGCAGGCUACAAAUAGUUGUUUCUCUGAAGACGGUUCCCUACUUGCUGUCAGUUUUGAACAAAUCAUUACUCUGUGGGAUGCAAAUACUUGGGACCUGAAAUAUACUUUCUGUCAGCCACCAGCGAAUAUACGGCAUCUUGCCUUUGGAAGACUUAGUUGUUCAAAGUACCUGCUUGCUUCAACUGAUAAUGGGUUUCUCUGUUGCUGGAAUCUUUUGUGCUGCACUUUGGAAUGGAGCACACAGCUGAAUGUAAUGUCUUUGCAAGUUGAUCCUCUCUCUGAGAAUGUUGCUGUGUUUUCAGACCUUCGUAGGAACAUAGACUUGUUUGUUUUUAAGCCCAAUGAGCCACGACCCUUGUACAUGCAGAAGAAUGUGUGUGAUGUUCCAGUCAAGUCGGCUGUCUUUGUUCCCAGAGAACUGGCUGAGGACUGUAGUUCAGAGAACCAGCAGUGGUUAGCCAGAUCACAGCUUUACUUCCUCACAGAUUCCCAGGACCUAAUGACAUUCAGUACAAAAUCAGAAGAAGAACGACUAACACUAUCCAGCAAGCAGUUGGUGACAGAAGAAAAUGCUCUGAUGACUCCUUUCCAUGUGUUGCUUGGAAAACAGCAGCAACAUCAAAUAAAAUCUGGGUUAGAAGCAGAACAAACCGCACUGCCUGAAGGAUCUACUGCAAUUAAUGAGAUGCUUCAUACACCAGCUCAUGUUCUGCCAAAUGCAUCAUUUCUUUGUUCGAUGUUUAUGAAUUCGUUACUGAUUCCUAAGGAGGACAAAAGCUCAAAAGAAGAACAAGAGGAGGUGGAAAUAGAGAGUGAAAAAGAGGAAGAUGAAUCGGAUAUGGAGACAGAUCUGUUUGAAGAUAAGCAAGAGGUGCAAAAAGUAUAUUCAUCUGAAGAACUUUUACCCAAAUUGACUAAAUCUGAGGAAAAAGAACUAAAAAAACUUGAGAGGACUAAUUAUGGCUGGCUAUUUACUGUAUAGACUGGAGAGAUCAAUUUCUGCUGGUGACCUAAAGAAAUGUAAUUUUGUACUAAAUAUUUUACAACAUA